UUAUUAAUUUACAAGUAACUCAAAUGUUGCAGUUAAAGUCAAGCAAAGCACUACUAAACCUAGCUGAAUAUAUAAAAAUGAUUGAUCAUCUAUUUAGUACCGUACCUAAAGUACUUAGGUACCGUAAAUAAAGACCGCUGAUCUGUUGUGGAAGAGGGACAGGGCACUACACAGCGGAGAGCGGCAUCUCUUUUCCACAUUUUCAAUACUAAGUUUAAUAUGUAAUGGUAGACCCCCAGACUCGUUAUCUUUUAAAUAUAAGCGCUCACUGCGGGUGAUAAUACAACACUCGGCCAUCCACCACGCAAAGAUGAUUCUGUUGUAUUUGUGCCUCUCUGUAUUUCUAGUCCAAUCAUGUACGACAAAUGAUCCGAGUGAUAUUAAAACUUAUAAGGAUUAUAAAUGGUACGAGAUAAAUGGGAAUCGUGAUGGAAUUAAGAAGCUUCUGCGGUUCCUCACGGGGACUUAUGAGAUACCCUACUAUUCACUAGUAGGAGGCACGGGUAAUUUGCUGGUUGCUCCUGAGCUGGUGCCAGCCGUCGACGCCAUCGCUUCUUUCGAAGGCCUGACCACGAAAAUUGUUAUAGAUGAUUAUUCAGAAAUACUUGAAGACGAGAAAGUUAAUCCUCUACGUCAAGAUGGGUUUUCUUGGACUGCCUACUAUGACGUUGAUUCUAUCUACGGCUACCUUCAGAACAUGAGUCAGCAGAAUCCGAACUGGUCUCAGCUGGUGGUAGCAGGACAGAGCUAUGAAGGGAGACAGAUCCUAGGACUGAGGAUCAACACUCCGACUGCAGUUGACAAACCUGUUAUGUUCAUUGAAUCAGGUAUCCACGCAAGAGAAUGGAUCACUCCUGCUACGACGACGUACUUCAUCAACCAGCUGAUGACCAGCCAGGACCCAGAGAUCGCAUCCCUAAGGGACAGCUUUGACUGGCACAUCUUCCCCACCGUCAACCCUGACGGAUACCACUACAGCUAUACCAGGGACCGUAUGUGGAGGAAAACCCGGUCGAGGUCUCGCAAUGGAUGCUACGGCGCCGACCCUAACCGCAACUGGGAUUACAACUGGAUGGAUUAUGGAGCAUCUAGCAAUCCUUGCAACUACCAAACGUAUGGAGGUUCAAAUCCAUUCUCCGAGGUAGAGACCAGGUCCCUCUCCGCGUACAUAUCGGGCCUGGAGAACAUGCUCGGCUACGUCGCCUUCCACGCCGACGCGCAGAUGUUACUCCUACCUUACUCUGAUUCUACGGAACACACCGCUAACUACGACGAUCUGAAACAAAUUGGGGAGACAUCUCUUAAGUAUGGUUACGCAGUUAACAAAGCGAAAUAUGAUGGACCGGGGACUGCGGCUGAACUUUUAUACAAGGCAUCGGGUGGCAGUAUGGACUGGGUGCGCCACGCUCGCGGCACUCCCCUGGUGUAUACAUAUGAGCUGAGAGGACGGUACUUCCACUGGCCAGCUGCCAGGAUCAGCGAGCAGGGAGACGAGGUCACGCAGAUGAUGCUCGGUCUUGCCACCGAGGCUCGCAACCUGGGAUACUAUUAAAACCUUCUUUAUAAAAAUAAGUCAAAUCAUUUAUCGUUACGAGCAUUGCACAUACUGAACAAGUAUAAAAGAUCCCAAUCAGAUUUUAAAUACCCGUAUCUUUUUUUUAAGGAAACAAACAAAAAAAAAAGAUCAGUAGUUACUAUUAGUAGGUACUCGGCGAUAUGGGACAGCUAGUCCAACUAACUCAUUUGUUUGAGAAUUACCUGACACUGAUAAACUGAAGACAGAAGAAGAAGUAUACAUACCAUAUAAUCGGAGAUCAAUAAAAUAAAUAUUAAAAAAAGUAUUUUAAAAUGUCCACUUGUCCGAACGGAGUGUUAACUACAAUGGUACGUCGGAAUUGUUUAUUUCCUUGAAUAAAACAGUG